GUAUAGUCGACAAACUUUAUCACAAGAUAACGUGUGUUUAUAUCUCAAAACCUGAUAAAAUGUGUUAUGAAAACGAAAGGUGCAACAUUUAUCCAUUCACAUGCGGAUAUUGCUUUAUGUCUAUACGAAAUAAGAGAAAAUAGAAAAGAAAAUGGCGUGUAUACGUCCACACACAUAUGAAGACAUCAAUGUCUUGUUGGAAUUUACACGAUCAGAAGGUUGGGGAUUUUCUGAAAUCGACUGUAGGGCAACUAUGAUGGUCGACCCUGAGGGAUUGCUUGUUGCUGAAGAUGAUACCGGAAAACCUGUUGGUUUCAUUGGUUGUUUCAACAUGGCGCUCGACAUAGUGUACGUGGAUUUGUUCAUUGUCCGAGAAGAUAUGAGAGGUAAAGGAAUCGGGAGGAAAUUGUGGAAUUCGAUGUUAGAAACUGCGGGUAAUAAAAUUUUAGUUCUCGAUAGUACUUGAAGGAAUGGUAUAAAAAGCAGGGAUUAGUCUACGAGGAAUUUACUGUAAAAGGUUACAAAGGAAAGAUACCCAUUGUUGAAGCUGAAAUUUCUGUAGCUGUAGACUCCUCAUACAUCUGCGAACCUUUGGCAAAUGAACACCUGCCGGCGUUACUUGUAUAUGAUCAGAAAAUAUAUCCUUAUUCGCGGGAGAAGGUGUUUCGAGCAUGGUAUUUUGGAUCCGAUAAAUACAGUUUUGUAGCGCUGUAUGAUAACAAUAUAGUCGGGUAUGUAAGUUGUCAUAUGAAAUCUGAGAAUGAAUGUUUCAUACGAGCAUUAUACGCAGAUAAUGACAUUAUAGCAGAUAAAUUGCUGGUAAAGCUUUUGUCUAAUAUUCCCAAAGGUACCAUGAUUAGAUUUAAAAUCUUGGAUGACAAACCACUACCGAAAUAUUUUGCAGACUUUGCGAAUACGGGAACCGAAGUAAGACUUCUUACGAAGAAAGUUCCAAGUAUUCAAACCGACAAAAUAAUAAUAAAAGCAGUUCACACAAUUUGAUGAUAAUAUAGAUUACUUUUUCGUUUUCUUUGUUUAUAUGAAAUACUUAGUAUUAUUGUAAUGAUUUAAAUAUAGUAUAACCUUCAAAUUAUUGUUAUCAGCUACACGCUAGAUUGAUGUGAACAAAUAUGAUUCAAAUGUUAUCAUCUCUUUUAAGGGUAAAUGUGUACGAGUUUGAAUUUGAACGUGUGCACAAACAGAUAAAACAUCAAAGCUUUUUAACGUAUCUUAUGCAAUGUCAAUUGGAAAUUCAGUAAGACUAAUAUCACAUCAACUGUAUACGACUCUUUAUUACUUUUAACAUAUUUAUUCCAGAAUAUAUACAUAUAUGCAUAAACAAUUCAAAUCAAACAUUUUAUGUCCAAGAAAAUGAUAAGGACGGAAGAUUAAGCUUAUAAAAUUCUUCUUCUUGAAUUUCUGUGUCGAGUUUUGUACUAUAUCAAAAAGUAUGACAAAUCGGAAUAAAAAUAUUUUGGAAAGAAAUAAAGAUGCGAAAAUGUGUAAGAAGUAACAGACUAUACAGCUAUAAAAUGGCUGAAAGAAUUGAUAAAAUGUGAUGUUGUAGCUAACAAAAACAAGUAAGUUAAGUAACACAUUGGUCUAGUUAAGAGGAGAGAAAGAGUGUCUCACAAUUACAUCAGAAAAAAUCGUUUUAUUUCGGAUAUGUAAAUAUGAACAUGCUUGAAAAUAGAGGCAUCAAGAGUAUAAGAGUACUGUUGAAAUUGUUAAGACAUUGAAAUAGCUUUUGUCGAAAUGUGUUUAAAUAUGGGCAUUCAAAAAAAUGGUGGAAAUUAAUUUUAUUUGCCCGCAUUCACAUAAAUGAUGAAAAACGGUGAAUUCUUAUUCUAUAAAUAAGAAAUAAAAUGGCUUGAUUUUUCUGUCAGUGAAUGAACUUAUGUCAGAGAUAUUAUGGUCCUUUGACAUAAUUAUAAUUGUCAUUAGAUAUUCCUUUUUAACAUUCAUACGUCUAAGGUUCUGCAUAAUACCCCGUCCCAGACCUAGAAUUCAUUGAUUGCAAUGGAUAAGAAUCAUCUGAAUACAUUUAACGUUAUCCAAUUGACUAUCUGUAUGAUACCACCCACGAGAAUUAUCAUUUAUGUUAACUUCCAUAAACAGAUUACUUGCCUAAUUCAUUCAUUGUGUCGCUACGGUUGACAUGUGCCACAUCGCUAUAAAACCCGCUUGUUUCAUUUGUCUAUCAAAUUAUGUUAUUUCGCAUGUGGAGAGAUAAACUUAUUUAUCUACCGAAUCUCUAUACAGUUGAGGCACUCACUUAUUUAUGAACGCGCCUAACAUGAUCGUUAAUCUGUCUGUCAGCUCUAGUUGUUCUAUAAAAAGGAUUGCAUAAACUAUUCGAAUGACAGUGUCAGUUCAGUACUAUUGUUAGAUAAUUUAAUUGGAGAGACGAUAAGCACAUUUUUGUUUGAAAAAAGGAAACAAAACGUCGCGGUUAACAUAAAUCUGGACAAUUGCUUACAAUAAAAUCAUAUAACAGUAAAGUGAAAAUGGGUACAUCAAGAAGCAAUGCAUUAUUUCUUGCUGUAACAUGUAUACAAUAUUAUUUGCCGAUAACGUGUUUGAAUUUAAAGGAAGUAAACUUACAUAAGGAAUUGUUCGAUAAAUAUAAUCAAAAUGUUAUGCCUCAAGAAAACAAAUCAGCACCAAUCGAAGUCACUCUGGAUAUGGUUUUGAUGUCUAUUGAUGAAGUUGAUGAAAAAAGGCAAACUAUUUCGAUCAAGGCCUUCCUCGAAAUUCAGUGGCAUGACGCAUUUCUGUCAUGGAAUUCUUCCAAAUAUCCUGAAAUAUCUAGAAUCAAUGUAAAGAAUUCCGAUAUAUGGAUACCAGAUGUAGUGUUGCGGGAUACAUAUGAUAAAUUAACAGAUUUAGGACAAAUUGACGGUAAGGCGAACGUCGAAAGCAGUGGUUUAGUAACAAUCUGGCCUUACAGUAUUUAUACUGUUACAUGUAAAGUUUUUAUUGGUAAAUUUCCUUUUGAUAAACAAUCGUGUCAGUUUGAUUUUCAAUCAUGGAGUCAUUCGAGGUCAGAUCUUGUUUUGAAAAGUAAACAGAAAAAGCCUGGUUUGAAGGUUUACAAAGAAAGUGGAGAGUGGGAUCUUGUUAGUACAAAAGUGGAGCUAGAGAGCCGCCCAUACGGUAACGAUUCCUGGGACCAUGUAUUAUUUCACUUCGAGCUCAAACGGAAAUCUUUAUAUCACGUUAUGAACGUAUUUGUACCAGUUCUUUGUAUCUCGGUUUUAAGUAUUGUUUCAUUUCUUUUACCCUCAGAAAGUGGCGAGAGGGUUACUUUUUCAAUUUCAAUAUUUCUAACACUAGCUGUUUUCUUGACAACUGUUAACAGUUCGAUGCCAGAGUCGUCGGAUGAAGUCGCUUCCUUCAGCGUUUAUGUUGGACUUCAGCUGUUUGGAAGCGCUCUAACAAUUAUGCUGACUAUUAUAUCGUUGAAUCUUUUUCAUCGUGAUGAAAGUCGUUCUAUACCAAAAUUAUUCAAAAUGUUGGUAAAUAUUUGCGGCGUUCAAAACCCAAAUGAUGAGUACCACAUAACCAUGGAUGUGCAAAACGAAAAUACUAUAAACUGUCAAAAUGAAGCAUCUGCUAAUGAGCAUAUCAAACUUGGUAAAGAAAAUGACAAUGUGACAUGGAGAAUGGUUUCAAGCGCUUUAGACAAGCUUUGUCUAUUUUCUGCUAUCUUUUGGCAUAUUAUCCUUACGGCAAGUUUAAUGAUAAGCGUUACGAAUUAAGAAUUAUGAAUGAUCAACUGUGUUGUUUGAACACUUAUGUACAGGGUUUUCAUUAUCAAUGUUAACAAUAAACAGUGUAAAUAUAGUUUAUUUGUAAGGGAUAUUUACUGGGUACUAAGUUAUUUCCUAAAUCACAUUAUAAUUCAUAUUAAUUAUAUAAGUAUGUAAAGCGUGAAAAAGUAUUUUGUGAGUUUGUUGACAAAUAUUAUACAAUAAUUGACUUGUGAGCCAUUCAAUAUGAUAUGAUAUUCACCGGCAGAUGAUAUAUUGACCGAGAUGAUAAUUUUUAAGCGGUAAUUCUUUUUAUUAUAUGAAUAGGCAAAGAUUCAAAGAACGCAUAAAGUAAAUCAUUAUAAGGAAAAACAAAACACAACAUUUGCCUGUUUUCAUUGAAGCGCGGGGAAAAAAGACGCACAGUGAACAAGAUGACGUCUGGCGUUCAACUACUACGCGAUUACUGCGCAAACAAAAGUUAUUCCAGUUAAUACACAUCAUUGCGGUGCAACUUUUAACUUUUGUAGUAAAGUAAAUGUUAUUUUAAUCUAGAAAAAUGACAAUUGUUUUUAUCCACACGCGUAAUUAACAGUCUACGAUGUAUGGGCAUUAAACAGCAUAUGUUCUAGUUUGGGGAAAUGUCAAUUCAGCCAGUGAAUAUGAUAAUUCAGCCAGUGAAUGUGAUAAUUCAGCCAGUGAAUAUGUUUUAUAAUAGUUAUUUUGUUGAUUAAUGGACCAAUGCGAGUGCAAUUGUAUUUAGAUCAUAACAUAAAUACAGAUAAUUUACAUAACGAUUGUAAAUAGUUUUAUCAUAACAUGAACAGACUGUGUUCUUAUUAAUAAAAUAUUGCUAAUGUAUAAUUUGAAUUGUUUUA